AUGUCUUUCUUCUCUUCCUUAUUUCUCCUUGUCUUCUUUCUCUUCUCCUCUCCGUGUCUUUCUACUAGAACAUCACCAUUUUUUUCCACUAAGACUAUAAACCCCACAGAUAAUCAUAAAAUUCGAAGUUAUACAUGGCAUGAAUUUGGGAAAUUUGUGGAUGCCACUAGAGGCAACAAAAUCAAUGGGAUUUCUGAGCUCAAGAAAUAUUUUCAUCGAUUCGGGUACUUGAAGAUGGACAACUUGAAUUUUACUGAUUUAUUUGAUGAUCACUUGGAGCAUGCCUUGAUUAAAUAUCAGGAAAAGUUAGGUCUUUCAGUCACUGGAAAACUUGAUGAAAAUACAGUUUCUCAGAUUAUUUCACCUAGGUGCGGCGUAUCCGAUUCUGCCCCUAAAUUCAUGCAUGCAAAGAGACAUUACGCAUUUUUCUCAGGCCGGCCGAGAUGGUCAAGAAGUAUACCUAUAACUUUAACGUACGCAUUCUCGCCGGAGAAUGUGAUAACUUCUUUGAGCAAGUCGGAGAUAAAGGAUGCUUUUCGACGUGCUUUUAGCCAUUGGGCAUCGAAACAUGUCGAAUGAAAACCAAACUAAGGGAAAUGUUGCGGGAACGGGUGCUACUGUUACA